AACACAUGGUUAUCUGGUGAAAAAGAUACUCAAGAUCAUGAAUUUUUCAAAUUAAUAAAAUGUUUGCGUUAAGAAUUGGUCGAAUUAAUUUAGGGCCAAUUAAUUAUAAGAAACAGUAUCAUAAAUGUUUGAAAUAUUAUGCAAAUUCAGAAAAUAUCAGAAUUUCUACAAAUUGGAAUCAAAAACUUUAUUCUCAUACAGGGACAACGUCUAAUUAUCAACCAAAAUUUAUAGAUGUAAUUCAAAAACGUAGAAAAGAAGCGGCUCGCAGUAUUUUGGUACAAGUAAAUUCAUCUCGUUCCAAUCUUGAAUUGUAUUCGUAUUGUUCACAAUAUGGAAAAAUUAAAAAUAUGUUUCAUUAUACAACAUGUUCUGAUCCUUUGCAUUUCAUAAUUGUUGAAUUUGAUAAUGAAAAUGCUGUUUCCAAUAUUAUUGAUUCAAGCUCUCAUGUUUCAAAUAAUGAUACAGAAACAAUACCAGUAACUUCGCAGUUUUUGUGGUUUAGAGCUAUUGGGAAACAAAAGUCAUCAAAAACUGUAUCUGCAACUAGUAAUAAAUUACCAAUAUCUUUCAUCGAAAAUGGUACAAAAAUUUUUAGCCAGGAAGAUAUCGAAAGUUUACUACAUAAUGCUCAAAAUAUUUCAGAUCAAAUGACAUUGUUAUAUAAAAUGACUUGUUUAAGUGAUACUGGGACUCGUGUACGAUUUUUAGCUAGUCGGCAAAUUGAAUUGGCUUUGAGUGGAAUGUUUCCAAAUGCUCAAGCAUUACCUUUUGGUUCAUCUGUAAAUAGUUAUGGUAAAGAAGGGUGUGAUUUAGAUCUAGUCGUGUGUUUAAAUACCAAAAAGAGCUCAUCAAAAAAUCGAUUAGCUUUUCAUUCCAAAGCUGCGUUAUCCAAUGAGCGUUCUCAAACUCAAAGACAUAUGGAAUGUAUUGCAGAUAUGUUACAACUAUUUUUACCGGGUUGUGUGAAUGUUCGGAGAAUUUUACAAGCACGUGUACCAAUUAUUAAAUAUAAUCAAGAACAAACCGGUCUGGAAUGUGAUUUAAGUAUGACUAACUUAUCUGGAGUUUACAUGUCAGAUUUGUUAUAUACAUUAGGUUGCAUUGAUCCAAGAGUGAAACCAUUAGUUUUUACUGUACGGCGGUGGGCUCAACAAGUUGGAUUAACAACGAAUUCACCAGGGCGAUGGAUCACUAACUUUGGUUUAACAUUGAUGGUUUUAUCAUUUUUACAACAAGUACAAAUACUGCCAUCUGUCAAUACUCUCAUGAAGUUGGCAGAAAGUUGUGAUAAAAUGACAUUUAACGAUAUUAAUUGUUCAUUUUUACACGAUUUAUCAAAGUUACCUGAACAGAAAAAUCCAAAUAAAGAUUCAUUAGAAAUUUUAUUACUACAAUUUUUCGAACAUUUUUCAUCGUUUGAUUUUUAUAAUCGAGCAGUUUCAUUAAACGAAGGGAAAGACAUUCACAAACCAGAAUCAUGCGCCCUAUAUAUAGUAAAUCCAUUGGAACGAUAUUUUAAUGUGAGUAAAAAUGUAAGUACCGAAGAAAUGGAGCGAUUAAGAAUUGAAUUUCGCAACGCCGCAUGGACACUAGAAUCACAAGAUUCCUCAAAAUUUAAAGCUACUCCGAACUGGGGGUUGUUAGAAUUAUUUAAAUCACAAAAAGUAAAAACAAAGAAUAUUUUUUUUACGGCUCCCGUUCAAAAUCGUUUAUUAGAAGUUAAAAGAUUGUUCGAAGAUGAUGAUAUUAAUGAUAAGAUUGAAUAUAAAAAUGAAGCCGUGAAAAAAGAAAUUAAAAAAAUUAAAAUGGAGACUGCAGAUAAAGUGGAUAAAGUAAUCAGUAGUAUAAAAAAUAAAAGUCCAUCAAAAAUUCGAAUUAGAAGAAGAUAA